AUGGCGCGGUGGCGGGUUCCACUGACGUUGUUUUAUGUCGGUGUUACGUUCGGCGGCUGUCUGACGAGUGCCCGCGCCAUCCAUGCGAGCGCCGGUGAUGACGGACGAUGUCGUGGUGUGGUUCGGACCGACAUUGACACGUGCUUUCCCGACGGGGGGUGUUGUCCGAGGCCUGUGCUUCUGAAGGAGGACGUCGUGGUAGGCGAUUGGUACGGCCGCAUCGGGAACAAUCUGAUCCAGGUCGCCCACGCGAUAUUCGUGGCGAAGCUGUCCGGAAAGCGGAGCGUCACCCUGCCCAGUUCGGACGUCGACCAUUUCGGGGUCCCGACGCCGAUAGGGCAGAUGUUCAAGUUCCCGCAGCGCCUCGACAUCGAGCUCGACGAGGAGUUCAAGAGCAGGGCCAGCUGCUCGGAGAGCACGGGCUUUUACUACCUCCUGGCGUGUCGGGGCGUGGUGCGGGCAGACUACACGAGCGUGCUGCGGGCCUACGUGCUGCCGCACCUGGCCCCCGAGGCCCGCGGCGCGUGCGAGCGCGAGGCGUCGAACACGAAGCACGAGCUCGUGAUUCAUCUCCGGUCUGGCGACGCGAUGUUUCGCGACCCGCCGCAUCCUCAAAAGUCAAGGUUCGCGCCGUGCGCGUUCUUUGAGGCCGUGGCCGACGAAGCCGAGGUGAGCUUCGAGGGCGUCCGCGUCAUCACGGAGCCGGACCAGAAGCAUCCGUGCCUGGGCUUCUUCAGGGAGAAGAACUGGAAUUUCACGGUGCAGUCGGAGUCUUUGGUAGCAGAUGGGUGUGCGUUCAUGCACGCGGACCACCUGGCCGUUGGUGCCAAAUCCACGUUCAGCGACGCCCUGUCCAUGUUCAACCCGAAUCCCGUGACGCUGUACGAUCCGUUCAAUUGCCACAAGAAGAAAGGGGGGCAGCAGUGCUCCAAAAGUGGGGCAAGCUCGAUUGUGACAAGGGUUGACUACUGCGUUGACCAGAUCGAGAAGGUUCGGAUGCAAGUGGACAGGACAAAAUGGAUGCUGGAGUAUCCGAGAGAUCAUGUGUUGAGGGACAAGGUGGUGUGCAUCUGA